UGUCCUCGACUGGACGCCGUAGAGUUGUUUCCCAAACCGUCAACAUGGCGUCCUCAAUGUCACUCUUGUCUGGCUUGGGCCGAAUUUGUUUUCGCCAUUCAAUUGCAAAAACACCAUUAAGGUCAGUUAGCACAUCAGGAUGUCUGGCGCAGAAACAAGGCCAAGAGUCGCAGCUCAUCACAGUGGAUGAGAAACUGGACAUCACGUCGAUAACCGGUGUUCCAGAGGAGCACAUCAAGACUCGGAAAGUGCACAUUUUUGUGCCCCCUCGCAAUGCCAUGCAGUCAGGUGUCCAGAACACCAAGAAGUGGAAGAUGGAUUUUGAUACUCGUGAGCGAUGGGAGAAUUCUCUGAUGGGCUGGUCCUCUACGGCUGACCCUUUGUCCAACAUGGUCCUUACCUUCAGCACUAAGGAGGACGCUAUUGCUUUCGCCGAGAAGAACGGAUGGAGUUAUGAUAUAACCGAGAAGAAAACCCCCAAACCGAGAGUCAAGUCAUACGGCGCGAACUUCUCCUGGGACAAAAGGACUCGGAGAUCCGCCAAAUAGACGAUCGGUCAGAUUGUUUGGAUCGGUCCCUGAUCUCUGUGUUUCUAUUGUAAAAUGUACAUUUGAUGAGAAAUCUAAUAAAGCAUCCUGUAGUAAUUCA